CGUUGGUAUCGCUUCUACCGACAAUCCGCCGGUGUUCAUAAAUCAGUGCUGAGAAUAUGUGAGGGAUAAUAAUGAGGGACGAAGACGAUGAUGAAGAGCCUAGGUGGAAGCGCCUAGAUGUUACCAUCGGGACGACUGAUACAGCAGGUGAUCGGGAAUUUACGGCGUGCGAUAGUAUCGAAAUGGAAAGUUAUAGACCGCUUUUAGAAUUGCGAAAGGUUUAUGGUCUAGCUAAAGAGUGUCUACCCGGUAUGGCUGAUAAUCAGCAAAAUUGAGUGACAGUUAGAAAAUUGGACGUCAUUUACGACGUGGUAGUCGUAGUUAUUAUUAGGCAAGAUGCUUGAUUAUUUUCAAGAAGACAAUAAAUAUACAAUAAAUAUUCAAGUAUAGAAAAUUUGUUAGUAAACACGCUAGUAUUUAUGCGCAGAGUUCAUAUUGUUGUCAUUUGUACGACGAGAUUCGAAUGAAAAGGUAGUGUUGUUUCGUAUACUGUCGUAGUAAUUUUCGAGACACGAUCGUGAGAAGAUCGAGAGAGGUCAAAUGGGAUUAUUCUGUACAUAUCGUGCGUGUGAUUAACGUCGAAUAUUAAGCGGAUCGUAGAGUUGUGUUAGCGUUGUUGUUGGUUGUAAUAUAAUAAAGUGCGCGUCGCGUGCGAUUGCGGGAGUGUUAUGUCGGAAGUGUCGUGCAAAGUGUCGCGCGAUCAUCGAUUGGUGCGCGGGCGAUCGUUAUUAAUAGCGUUUCCGUAAUUAUUGUGUGAGUGUCAUGAAGCAACAGCAUGAACCAGAAAGGAGGAGGAGGAGUACGAGCAUAUCCGGGGAGACGACGUUGCGGUGGGGGCUCAUCUUGCUACAGGAUCUGUGCAAGUAUACAUCGGCCCUGAUCACCACUACCACCACCACCAUCCCCGGUAAAGCUACGAGAAGGUAAGCUGAACCGAGGGCGCCUUCCGCGCGACAACCCCUCGGCGUUCAGUGGCUGCGCUUCAUUCGCACCAGGCGUUACGUACGCGUAUCUCUCGUAUCUUCAGAUCUCGUGUGCGGUGCCGCGGUGUGUGCGCUUUCGAUAAAAACGGAUAACUCGCGAGUUCUCGUGCAGUACAAGAAACUAUCGGGUGAAUUAUCGAUAAAGAAAUUAUCGUAUUGGGAUAUAUCGCGCGUUUGCCGCCUGGUCGCGCGCGAAUUGUUGCGUCCUCGAGGGAUCUGAUCUUCAAAUAAUUUCUCGACACCGUCAUUUUCGUCGCAUAACGCAGAAAAUAUGUCAAUCACCAUGAUGAGCGCUCAUCGUUUUCCGUACGAUUAUAACGCAGUAAACAUGAUACAUUGACAAUUUAAGAUUUCUGUUUAUUUCUCGUAGAAAUAUUAUACCGUUUGUUUGUAUUUCUUCCCCUUUUCACUUGAGAAUGGAAUCAUCCAAUAUAAUAAAAAACGAGAGUGUAUGUGAUUUUUAAUUCUCGCGUAAUCGUUUAAAACGUUUCUACCGUUGUUCGCGAGGAUGGCUGCAAAAAAUCUAUAAGAGAACAUGGUGGAAUAACACGGUGCGAAAUCUCCGAUAACCGGACGAAUCGCUGUGACCUCUAUUCACAGAUCGGAAGAUAUCUAGUGAUUGAAUGUGCGAUAUCGAGAAAAACUACGAUUGGGCCGUCGUCAUUGAUCUCGAAACGUUUUUCAUUCUUCUUCGCUCACGUUUCUCUUUCUGUACAUCUCGCGGAAUUUCAAUCAGUGACGUCAAAAAGACCGAUCUCCAUCGGGAUAUCGUUACAUCGUGGCUCUAAUCUAGAAUGAGCACGGAUCAGCAUCGGGAAAUAACAUCAGAUACAAAUGAAAUGCACGGCUGAAUAAUGUACCGUGAAACGGUGAUCUCGCGCUAUCAUUGUUAUGACAUAGCCCGAGGGAAAGGAUGUAGUACGGCAAAGGAGGAUAGAAGAUACGGAACGCUCGAAAAGGUGCAUGUACAGAUUACUGGCAUUUCGUUUUGGCAUCGUAAAAACACACGGCUACAAUAAGAAACAGAAGUGGAGACGGACACGUGUGCGGAAGGAUACGCGGUCCAUAUCCGGCCCGCCAUCCUGGCGGCAUGGUCCUUUGGGCCACAAUACUAUUCCUCCAAGGAGCUGGAUUCGUAGGCUCGGUGACAGGCAUUCCCGGUGUCCCGGAAAACAUAACGGUAAUGUUCCUGAAUCCGACGUCUGUACGUGUCUCUUGGAGUACCAGCCAGAUUGAGCAGAUCGAAAAAUACGACGUCACGUACAAGCCAACCGACGCCAGGUCACAUACAAACACGGAUAUCAUUCACGAAAGGAAUUCUGACCACAGUUACAGGGUCGUGGCGGUGGUCGCAGGAAAUAGCGAAGCGGUCACCUUGAGCAAUCUUCGAGCUGAUACGCAAUAUCAGCUGGUCGUAACCGCUGUGAGAGCCGGAAAGAAGUUUCGAAGUCGACCAAUCGUCUUCCGCACACUCGGUAAGCUUUGCCUUCCUAAGCUUUACCUGUCUCCGGCAUCACGGUCACAUGUGACAGAGCCACCACGCACGUCUCCACAGCAAGAUGCAGCGGUAACUGGUGGUCCUCUUCCUCCACCUCCACCGUCCUCACAACAACCGUAUAUACAAAUUCGCGGCGUCGAGGUGGGCAUAGUAGUGUUAGUGCUGAUAGUUUGGGCGGGUGCGAUAGCGCUGUUCUUCAAUCGCUGGGGCAAGAUCCGGAUGCUGUUGCCUUAUCAGCCCGACUACAAGGAGCAGUUGAAGGUUCCCGGCACGGGCGUGUGCACGGCCGCGAACCCCGCGUAUACGCAACACCCAACGCAACACGCGUGCUCUCAGCAUCUGCACUGGUCGAGCCAUCACGUGGACUCCCUAGACAGCGGUGGAGCUUUAGGCUGGCCGAGAACCUCGAGGCCGCGCGUCAACAGUGCCAUCGACGUGGCCGGCUUCCUAUCGCAGGAAUUUCUGCGACGCCACGGGUCCACGUCCAAAUUGUGUCGUAAGGUUCGCAGUGCAGAUAACUUACCUCUCGUGUCGACGAAUCGCCAACAGAAUCAACGAAGAAAUUUCAGGGACGACGGUAUCGAGGGCGACCGGGAAUCUUUCCUGAAACCAAAUCACGACGAUAAGUCUGACGACCAAGAAUCAAGGAGGCAGAGUAGUCUCGAGAGUGCAACGAAAGACAAUAUGGAAGCGCUGUUGGAUCCCGGUUGUCAACAGCCUUCUUCAAGAGACUCCCCGGUGGCAUCUUCGUCGUUGGUCGCCAAACGUUUCGGAGGAUGGCGCACCAGCGGAAAUCAUGAUUACGUCAGAUGCCCUAUGCGACAACCUGCUUCCAUGGACGAGCGGUAUUAUCGGCGAUCAUACGAAUCCGAACCCCCUCGUCCGAUACGAUAUCAUCACUAUCAUCGACGCACGGACGCCGAUCGGCACUCGAAGAGCUGCGAUUAUGCAAGGCGAGGAACCACAGAGUCGAGCAUCGAGGUACAACACUUCGGUUUACCGAUCCUCAGCGUGAGUGAGCCGAGUCCACCGGAUGAGAGCGAGCGCGUCGAUGACUAUUUGUAGGAUUUGCUUGCCGAGGACUUCCUUAAGGAACUCCUCGUGUAACCUGCCCGGUCAAUCUUCUCAUCCCGAUCCGAUCUCGUCCCUAAUCGCGGAACUGCGAGUCGCGACCACGUGUCGCCCGGAUAUUUUACUUUCCCUCGAACGUUCGCUGUAUCAUCGAUAUAGCAAUCGUUCCGCGAUAAUAUAUACUAUACGUUGUUGCGUUCUUCAGGAAAUCGUAAUUGAAAUAAAAUAAUCCGAGUAAAGCGAGAGCGAGGAUUUUCCGAUCGCAUGCAAUCUCCCCUAUCUCUGUUCGUUGUAAGCGCGAUAUUCUUUCAUGCGUAUCAUUUUAGAAGAGAUCAUGAAUAUAUAUUUGCUACUUGUCUGAUAGGAACCGCGAAACUAUGAGAAAUAUUCGCAUUUGAUCCAGACUUAUUCCUCGGCAUGAGUUGGAAUGAUACAAUGCUAAUAUCUAUUACUUCUCAAUAUAAUGACUUGUGCUCAUUAAAAUAUAUUUUUCCCAAUAUUUCUGGAAAAUCUCCCAGUGAAUUAUAAAUGCAUGUCAGAAAACAUAAUAUUUAAGUCUCUAUCUUUUAUAUUAUAAAAAAUAUACCGAGAAAAAAAUUAAGUCCGGAUCAAAUUUGACUAUCUUUUGUAUCAUAUAUUUCUAGGAAGUAUGUGGCUUGGUGAAUAAUUUCGUUACUUCGAUAUCCCUAAUAUUAUUAAAUUAUAUUACUUAUAAUUAUAAAUUUGUAUUAAUUUGAGAGAAUUUGCCCUGUCUUACUUUAGAAUCUCAAAAAUUAUUAUCCUAUUUGCUGCUCACUCACAAUGUAAUAUCUUAAUAUCUUGUGAAUAUUUUGAUGUAACAUGCGAUAUAAGAGUUAUGAAUGUCAUUCGAGGUUGCUUGUUUAUAAGCUUAUACAGUUACAAUUCUCCUAUAUGCACGAACAAGUGCGUAAUAAUGUAUAUAUAUGUCUCCUUCCAUUCUUCGCACUUCCCUAAUUUUCACGUUGCAUUUUCUUGUCUCAAUGCUUAGAAAACAGCUUUUCUCUUUUAUGUGCUCGCUAUUAUCAAGAUACACUAUAUCAAGAUCUAAGAUUCAAUCUCAGUUGCAGCUUGAAAUUGAAUAGAAAUUGAAUCAUUUCGAUUUAAUGUUGAAGCCAUAUCCAGAUAUGUAUUAAAAAAGAUAUUCAUUUCUUAAUUACGUCUUGUGUCUAUAUAAUAAUAUAGAUAGUGUUCAAAGAAAAUAUAAUAACAAAGAUAUACAUAUAUGUAUGUGCAUCUAUAUUAUAUAUUGGACGAUUUCAAAGAAUACUUCAACGUUAAUAUGACUUAUAUUAUUUAACUUUGUUAAAGCGGAUUUUAUAUAUCAAUCAAGAUCUCUCUCUACUAAAGAUAAAUAGCGCAUCGUAAAAAUCAUACAAAAGCAUUAAAAAAUAUUAGGCAUUUCCAUUUGAUCAAAGCCUACAUAGGUCAAAACGUCUGUGAUGUUUAUGCACAUGUUUAGCCUGUGAUAAGUUCGACAUUUCACAAAUGUUAUUUCAAGUUAUAGGACAUAUAUUUACCUGUUUAAAUUAAUGAUUAACUUGAUAGGGCAUAUAUUACUUGUUUGAUCUCCCUUAAGCAAAGAUAAAUGUGCAGUCUCGCGAGUAUUCGAAAUUAUACGCCUCGACCAUUUGCGAUAUUAUAUCAUUAUAUAGGAAUUGUAUCGCGAUAUAUAUAAGAUGUCUUGGAUCAGCUACAGUCCUUCUAUCGUUAUAAGAAAAAAUGCAGCUGAUUGAAAAUACUCCCUGUACGUGUCAGGAGCGAUAGAAACCGAUUUAUUUACACAUUAUAUAUUUCUUCCAAACAAUUUAAGACUUGCGCGUGCGAAAAUUUCAACGCAUUGAUGCCUGAAAACUUGAGUUGUAUUCUAAUCCUUUGCAACAUAUAUCAACAUACGAUAUAUGAGAAAAAAAGAUAAUGAAGAAUAAACAUAAAGAAAAAUUGUUUAAUAAUGUUAAUAGAGAAUAUGCCAAUAACAAAUUUAUUUCUAAAAAUAUGUGCUAUUUUCUAUAUAUAAUAUAUCUAAUUUCAUAUAUAUAAUUAAAUCAUUUAUAAACUGACAUGAAUUAAGCGAGGAUUUAGAAAAAAAUCGCUAUUUUCAGGUAUCUAUGCGAUUACAAAAUUCUUCUUCAAAACGCACGCGGAAAUGCGAUCUUUGAUAUGGGACCUAAUCGCGGCUAAAUUGCGAGGUUCCCUGUCUCUAAAAUAUAUCGAGGAGAUAAAAAUUUCCCUCGAUAAUCGGCUUAUUGCUUAUCAGGGUUCAUCGUAACGUGGGAACAAUAUAAAUUGUGUAAUAAUGCGUGCGACAGAUUCUCGUACCGGGUUAUCCGGAGUACCCUAUAAUACAGCGCCUUAUCAGUCGAUUAGAAAGCCGCAUGGCUUUUUUUCAAUAAUAACGAUUCACCGCAA